AUGAACUUUGCAGGCUUAAGCCCCGUAGCAGGCAACGGUAACGACUCCGGUCGACGACUUCCUCGCAGUCAAGACACUGCGGCGAGCGGCGGCUCCAAUAUGACGCCCAAUGAAACCAGGCAAACCCACAAUUACAAGUACCUGGUGGCCGACGAAUUGCAAAAGCUUCGGGACUCUUCGCACCACGCCCAACGAGGCGAACGGUCGUUGGAUACCGAGUCAGAGCACAAUGGUAUCAUCAAGGGUCUACUGUAUCCUGGAAUUGAACAGAACGAGGAUGAAGACGAUGACAUUGAUGAUUUUUUUGAAGAGGAUUAUCAAAUGGCGCAAGCGAAUGUCAAUCCCUCGGUCGUGCGGGGGAUUAUUCCUAAUCGUUCUCAAAUGAUGGACAUUGAUCGGCAUACAAACAAUAUGGAUACCACAGACUCUCAGAGAUCGAGGCAUCGACUUAGACUGGGGAACGAAUUCACUGAUUUGGUUGGUGAAAAAACGAGGCGGUAA